ACAAAAUGGCAGAGACCGCACCAAUUGCACCUCCCGCUGAAAGCGCCGCUCCUGCCAAGAAGCAGCCGAAAAAGAAGGCAGCUGUAUCAGGUGGAGCCAAGAAAAGCCGUCCUGCAAAGUCCGGUCCCAGCGUGUCCGAUCUGAUUUUUAAAGCGGUGUCCGCUUCUAAAGAGCGCAGUGGGGUCUCCCUGGCAGCUCUCAAGAAGGCUCUGGCUGCGGAAGGCUACGAUGUGGAGAAGAACAACAGCCGCCUCAAGCUGGCUCUCAAAGCCUUGGUGAGUAAGGAGCGUCUCGUCCAGCUGAAAGGCAGCGGGGCCUCCGGCUCGUUCAAGGUUAACAAGAAGCAGUUGCAGAGCCAGGAGAAAGCGGACAAGAAAAAGGCGCUGCCUGCAGCAAAGGCCAAAUCCAAUAAAGCAGCAAAGCCAAAGAGCAAAGCGGCCAAGUCCCCCAAGAAGCCCAAAAAGGCUCCAUCUGCUGCAAAGAAAAGUCCCAAAAAGGCCAAGAAACCCGCAGGCGCCAAGGUUGCCCCUGCAAAAAGCCCGAAGAAGCCUAAAGCCGCCAAGCCCAAGAAGGUAGCAAAGAGCCCGGCUAAGAAAGCUGCCAAGAGCCCAGCUAAAAAGGCAGCUAAACCCAAAGCCAAGAAGGCGGCUGCUAAAAAGUGA